UUGAUUUCAGAGACGUGUUCGUUACUCAGUGAGGAUCCAGAAAAUGGGCGCAAUAAGUUUUAGGACGGGCAUUUUCGGGGUGCUGAUGUGCGCGCUGUUGCAGGGCGCGGGUGCUGAGGAGGGGAACGCCAGGCGCGAGCAGGAGUGCUACAACUACGCGGGGGGUCACGUUUAUCCCGGAGAGGCGUUCAGGGUCCCGGUGUCAGAUCACUCCCUGCACCUCAGCAAAGCCAAGAUCUCUAAACCGGCGCCUCACUGGGAGGGAACAGCCGUCAUCAACGGCGAGUUCAAGGAGCUCAAACUGUCCGACUACAAGGGCAGAUACCUGGUCUUCUUCUUCUACCCUCUGGACUUCACGUUCGUCUGUCCCACCGAGAUCAUCGCCUUCAGCGACCGAGUCCACGAGUUUCACGCCAUCAACGCCGACGUCGUGGCCUGUUCGGUCGACUCACAGUUCACUCACCUGGCCUGGAUUAACACACCCAGGAAACAGGGGGGGCUCGGAGCCAUGAAGAUCCCACUGCUGUCUGAUCUCACACACCAGAUCUCCAAAGAUUACGGCGUCUACCUGGAGGACCAGGGACACACACUCAGAGGUUUGUUUAUUAUCGAUGAUAAAGGAACGCUGCGUCAGAUCACCAUGAACGAUUUACCUGUCGGACGCUCUGUGGAUGAAACUCUGCGACUGGUGCAGGCCUUCCAGUACACGGAUAAACACGGAGAAGUUUGUCCGGCUGGUUGGAAACCCGGCAGUGAGACGAUUAUUCCUGAUCCCUCCGGCAAACUGAAGUACUUUGAUAAGCUGAAUUAAUCCUGAUGCCUGAUAUUCAUGUUCAUCACAGAAUAAACAAAAUUUAAAACCACAAUCCAGCAAAAAUAGAAUUAAUUUUAUAUUUUCUAUCUGUGUGAAAGUAAAACUGUGAUAAACUGAACCUGAACACACACACACACACACACACAGAUCAGCCAGAACAUUAAUUGGGUGGGUGUGGUUUUAAUAUUUUGGCUGAUGGGUGUAAAUCAUCACAGUUCAUUAAUUCAGUUUGAUCUGAUUCACUACGAUACAGAAACGUUCGUCUUCACCUGAGAACAAAAAUAAAACAAAUUAAAACUC